AUAAGCUCACACACUCUGCGUCUUCAAGCGAUGGCCACAAUCUAGCUUUCCUUCUCAGGCAGAGAGAGACCCACUUGCUUGAAUCAAAGCAAGCUCUGUGCGAUAACGACAAAAUUCGCCACCAUAAACCCUAAGUAUAUAUUUUUGUCUCCGACGAGAGAGCUGCUUCUCUUUCAAGCUGGGUCGAUUAACUUCUCUUAUGGCCAUGGGGGUUUCUCUUACCUCCCACCAUAACCCUCUUCUUCGCCACUUAUCUCCUUCCUCUUCCUGCCUUUCUCGUUCCUCUCGCUUCUCUUCUUCUGUCCCUUCCUUCCUCUUCCCUUGCCGUCGAACCCUUCAAAGGACAGUAGUAGCUUCCGCAGAGGGAAAUGUCGGUUAUUCGACUACUACAGUUUGUCAGGGGUUUCAACAUCCGGGUCAUCAACGGUCAUCUUCUGUUGUGUUUAAUGGAGAGUGGGAACUCCGAUCCGAAUCUAACAAGGUAAGAAUGGUUCCAAAGAUUGUCAAGGUGGCUAACCAGUCGGAAGUAGCUGAUACUCUUCAAGUUCCUGGGAAUGUUAGUGCUUGGAGAGAAGAAGCGAGGAAGGUUAGAGAAAGAAACGGUCAAAUUGCUGGAAACCUCGAGGGCAGUGCUUAUUUCAAUGGCUCUGUCCCAGUUUUAUCUAAUGCUCCCACUUAUGAAACCUCUCAGAGUAUUGAUUAUGGUUUCGAUCCCAGAGGUAACAGUACUGCUACACUCAAUACAAAAUCGAUUGGCAUUAGGCCAUCCGGACCUGUUGUGACAUUGCCAAGCAAGAGUUUAGAGGUUGGGGCAAAUAUUGGUGUAAAUCCUAAAGGAGAGGAAAAUCAGAGACCUCAUAUAAGCGGGAAGUCUUCUGGUACCACAAUCAGCUGUGAGAAUAGGAAUACCAUUUCCAAAGUAGAGAAAAGCAGUGAACCUUCAAAAGUCCGUACAAAUCUAAGGAAAAUUUAUGACAAGGUUCUUGUUGUUGAUAAUGUUCCCACUGCGAAGAAUACAGUGGCUAAGCUUGUGAAUCAGUAUAGGAAUCUUGUCCACUGUUGCGAUACAGAGGUGUCCGGGAUUGAGGUGAAGGAAGAAACGCCUGUCAACCAUGGUGAACUAAUAUGUUUCAGUAUCUACUGUGGGCCAGAAGCAGAUUUUGGUAAUGGAAAAUCGUGCAUCUGGGUUGAUGUUCUUGGUGAAAAUGGCAGAGAGGUGUUGGCGGAGUUUAAACCGUAUUUUGAAGACUCGUUCAUCAGAAAAGUCUGGCACAACUACAGUUUCGAUAGCCACAUCAUUAAAAAUCAUGGAAUUGAAAUUUCUGGUUUUCAUGCCGACACUAUGCACAUGGCACGAUUAUGGGAUUCUGCACGACAGACAAAGGGUGGUUAUUCACUUGAAGCGCUUACAAGUGACCCAGAAGUUCUUGGGGCCACACAGACGAAAGAGGAAGCAGAGUUCCUUGGUAAAAUUUCGAUGAAGACUAUUUUUGGCAAGAGAAAACUGAAAAAAGAUGGAUCGGAAGGGAAGAUUGUCGUCAUUCCCCCUGUUGAAGAGCUUCAGCGAGAAGAUCGAGAGGCCUGGAUUUCAUACUCUGCCUUGGAUGCGAUAAGCACGCAAAAACUUUAUGAAAGCAUGUCAAAGAAACUGCAACUGAAGGAAUGGCGUCUUGAUGGAAAGCCAAUAUCGGGGAGGACGAUGUUAGACUUUUACCAUGAGUUUUGGCGACCCUUUGGUGAACUUCUUGUUAAUAUGGAAGCAGAAGGGAUACUUGUAGAUAGGGAGUAUCUUGCUGAAAUAGAGAAAGUAGCCAAAGCCGAGCAGCAAGUUGCUGUUAGUAGAUUUCGGAAUUGGGCCUCUAAGUACUGCCCUGACGCAAAGCAUAUGAAUGUUGGUAGCGACACACAGUUGCGUCAGCUCUUUUUUGGUGGCAUUUCUAACAGUGAGGAUAGUGAGGUUCUUCCAGUUGAAAAAAAAUUCAAAGUUCCCAAUGUUGAUAAGAUUAUUGAAGAAGGAAAAAAAACAGCGACAAAGUUCCGAAAUAUCAAACUGCAUAGAAUUAGCGAUAACCCACUGUCAACUGAAACAUUCACUGCUAGUGGCUGGCCUUCUAUCAGUGGGGAUGCUUUGAAAGCCUUAGCUGGGAAAGUUUCUGCUAAAUAUGACUUUAUGGAGGACAUCUCUGAUAUUUCUUUAGAAGACAUUGCUGAGGAUAAUGAGCCUGCUGCUACUCAGCUACUAGAUCAAACUUCAGAUAUACAAAAGUCAAAGAUCGAUGUUGAAACCGACACAUCUGCUUAUGGAACAGCAUAUGUUGGAUUUGGAGGUGGUGAAAGGGGAAAGGAAGCAUGUCAUGCUAUUGCCUCACUAUGCGAAGUUUGUUCUAUAGAUUCUUUGAUCUCAAAUUUUAUUCUUCCAUUACAGGGAAGUAAUGUAUCAGGCAAAGAUGGUCGCGUCCAUUGCUCCCUAAAUAUCAAUACAGAAACUGGGCGUUUGUCAGCUAGAAGGCCAAAUUUGCAGAACCAACCUGCUCUGGAGAAGGAUCGGUACAAGAUUCGUAAGGCCUUUGUAGCGUCACCUGGAAAUACACUCAUUGUGGCUGAUUAUGGGCAGCUGGAACUUCGAAUUCUGGCACAUCUUGCUGGUUGUAAAAGCAUGAUGGAAGCUUUCAAAGCAGGCGGAGAUUUCCACUCAAGGACAGCCAUGAAUAUGUAUCCGCAUAUUCGUAAAGCUGUAGAAAAUGGCCAAGUUAUCCUUGAAUGGCAUCCACAACCUGGGGAAGACAAGCCACCUGUGCCAUUGUUAAAGGACGCCUUUGGGUCAGAGAGAAGAAAAGCGAAGAUGCUUAAUUUUUCAAUUGCAUAUGGGAAGACUGCGAUUGGGCUUUCUAAAGAUUGGAAGGUCUCAAAAGAAGAAGCUCAAGACACAGUCAAUCUCUGGUACAAUGACAGACAAGAAGUAAGGGAAUGGCAAGAAAAACGUAAGAAAGAAGCUAUGGAAGUUGGGUAUGUACGCACUUUAUUAGGAAGAGAUCGUAGAUUCCCGACAUAUCGGUUACGUGCUCACAGAAAUCGUAUCCAAAGAGCAGCGAUCAACACCCCAGUGCAGGGAAGUGCAGCUGAUGUUGCCAUGUGUGCAAUGUUGGAAAUAUCGAAAAAUCAACAGUUGAAGAAGCUUGGUUGGAGAUUGCUUUUACAGAUUCAUGAUGAAGUAAUCUUGGAAGGACCAAUGGAAUCAGCUGAUAUCGCCAAGGACAUAGUUGUGGACUGUAUGGCUAAACCGUUUAACGGAAAGAACAUUCUCUCAGUCGAUUUACCUGUAGAUGCAAAAUGUGCUCGGAACUGGUAUUCUGCCAAAUAAGAGCCAAGGGAGCGAGCAGUCCAAGGAGAGAGAAGAGUUCAAGGAAGACCAUUUUUGGGUACAUAUAUUAAGGUUUGGUAUGUUGGCUUUUCGUUUUGUUAGUGUGUUAGGACGCGUUCAGUGUUGGCCUAUGUAAAUUGCUUUCUUUACUACUAAUUAUCUAACUUAACGAUGUUUGCAAUACUGAUUUAAGUGACCGUAGAAAUAUCAUGAACUACAAAAUCUCUCUCAA